CGCCCGCGUCUCCGCGCCCGCCUCAGCCGCCCCCGGCCGGGAAGAUGCACAAAGGCUCCAAGAAGUACUUCGGGCAGAAGUCCUUCAGCGAGGUGGCCAUGGACGAUUACCUGGGCAGCCUGGGGCUGUACCGUAAGAUGACGGCCAAGGACGCCUCGUGCCUCUUCCGAGCCGUCUCGGAGCAGCUGUUCUCAUCUCAAAUCCAUCAUGCGGAAGUUAGGAAAGCUUGCGUCUCGUUUAUGAGGCAGCACCAGUCUAGGUUUGAAUCCUAUGUGGAAGGCUCGUUUGAAAAAUACCUAGAACGACUAGGAGAUCCAAAGGAAAGUGCUGGCCAGCUGGAAAUAAGUGCUUUAUCAAUGAUGUACAAGCGAGACUUUAUUGUGUACCGGUACCCCGGGAAGCCUCCCACACGUGCUACAGACAAUGGCUUUGAAGACAAGAUUUUACUGUGUUGUUCCGGUAAUGGCCAUUAUGACUCUGUGUAUACAAAACAGUUUCAGGAAAAUGCUGCCAUUUGCCAGGCUGUAUUAUAUGAGAUCCUCUACAAAGAUGUGUUUGGCAUGGAUGAGGAAGAAUUAAGGUCUGCAGUUGAGGUGUUUCGAAGUGGAUCCAAGAAGAACAGAAACAGUGCUCCUGUAGGAAGUGAGGAUGCAAACUUUGGUUGUCUCCAUGAAAAAGUGCCCAGAAAUCCAUCAGAAAAGAGGCUGGAUGAGUGGGAAGGCAAUGAUACUGACAAUCCACAGGAAACCAAGUUCAAACAAGGCAUUGAAGAACAAAAGCCUCCUGAAAAUCCUCCAAAGAUGCCUGUUCCUUAUAAAGUGCUGAAGGCACUGGACUCUACUAUCUAUCGAAAUGUGGAGUUUGAUGUUUGGCUGGACAGCAGAAAAGAGCUUCAAAAAACUGACUACAUGGUGUUUGCUGGGAGACAGUACUAUUUAGGAGACAAGUGUCAGGUGUGUCUGGAACCAGGAGAGAAGUAUUACAAUGCUCACAUCCAGGAAGUUGGACAGGAUAGCAACACACUGACUGUAUUUGUUGAAGAGCUGGCAGAAAAGCACACAGUUCCUCUGGCAAACUUAAAGCCGGUGACACAAGUGGCUCCUGUCCUUGCUUGGAAUAUGGCUCACAACAGAAGAGGAGGCACUUAUCAGAAAGUGACAGGUGGACACUUCUCAGGAAUAGAAAUGGACAUGAAAACACGGAAGAGGAUGCUCAAGAAAGUCCGUGGGAAGGAAGUGUUCAUGGCUGUGGCUUACAGCAGGGGCCAGCCAAUGCUGCCACCCCGGCUGCAGCACAGUGCUCCCUCAGGGCGCUUCCCUCCCAUCCACUGCUCCCAGGGAGGGCCAGGCAUGGCACCCUACAGACCCUAUCACCAGCAGAAUCCUCCCAGACACCACCGGGACUCUGGGAUGCCUCGGGGAUCUGCCUGGCUUAUAGACAGGCACAACAUGCUUGGCCCUCAGAUAACAUUCUAUCCUAGCCCAGGGAAGAGAGGCUGUCAGAGCUGUGACAACUUCUCCUGCAGGUCCUGCUCGUACAGCCGCAGCCGCCGCCCCCUGCAGUGUGGCAGCAAGGAGUGCCACUAUGGCUUUGUGACAGGGGCUGCAGAGGAGCCCCAGGGGCCAGAAGGAACUGUAACUUUCUGUGAGAUUGAAGGAGAUGAUGACUCUGCUUUCCCUGCUCUGCCUGUGAGUUAUGAACAAAGGAGCCACAGUAACCCUGCUCCCAUUGUCCAUGGUCCAGGAACAUUUUGGGUAGCAAGGAGAAGUCCAAACUCUGUUCCAUCUAACAAGCAGACCCUGAGUGCCUUAGAGGAGGAGGAAGAAGCAAGUGAAAAUGGGAAGUUUCAUGAGGAAUAUAUCUAUGCACCUCCAGAUCCCAACUGUGAAACUGCAACAGUGUUUAGUUCAGCAGAACCUACAGCAAACUUGCUUCAGGAAGAAGGGCCAGUCUCGAUGUCACCUCAAGAUGAAGUGGCUUCCUACAGCUAUCCCCAGAAGGUAGUGUCUGGUACUCUGAGCUGUAUCUCACAACUCAUUGUGGUGGCCCUGCAGAGAGAUGUUUAUACUGCUCCAGCUACAGGUCUCUCUUCAGAUUCUGCUGCCUCCACUCCAGCCAGUGUCAUAACAGCAGCUCCCCCACAAACAGCAGUUCAGCCUGUCAUAGUAUCUCCCUUUUCUGUGGGGAGGCCAGUGAGUGAGGUGGGAGAAGCCAGUGCUGUUCUUCCAGCUUACUCUUGUGAUCCCAGUGGCAGUGAUUUGCCUCGAGAUACAAAGGUCUUGCGGUAUUAUUUUAAUAUGGGAUUGCAAUAUUGCCAUCAGAGCUGUUGGCCUUCCAUGAUGUACAUGCAGCCAGUGCUGCCUCCAUCUCCAGUGGAAGUUUACCCAGCCUAUGCUGAGCCAGCUCCUGUCCUGGAUCAGUCAGUGCCUCAGCUCUUCCCUGAUGCUGGGCAAGCUGAAGUCCACCAGGUUCCCUUGGAGGCAUCAGCAAAUGGUAACUUCCAAAACACAGAGCCUCCACCCCUGUCCUAUGGGCCAGUGUAUUACCCUGUGGUGUCAGACCCCUUCAGCCAGCAGCCUCUGCCUGGCUUUGACUCUGUGGUUCCUGCCUACCACUACAUUGGCACCUGGCAUCCAGUAAAUCCUCCCCAUGGAAAUUCCCCACCAGUGGCCAAGGCUGGGAGCUCAGGAGCACCACCCCAGGUCGGCUACAUGGCCUCCCCCAACCCUGCACCUCCUGAGGCACCUCAGGGAAUGUAA